AUGAGAAGUCCUCUUAUGCUUUGUUGCUACCGAUGGGUCAAACCUGAAAAUGAUGAUUGGAGGGAAUGGUUGAGGACCUGGAGAGAAGCCACCUACUUGCCACCCUCUCCAUACUCUGGUCACAUCCUAGUCAGAGACCCCUGGGACUACAACUAUUUUGCCAUAGAAAACUUGUACAUGCAUCAGAUGUGUUGUAACACUCAAGAGAAAUAUUGUAAUAGAUUCUACAAGCUGUUCCCUGACAUGGGAUGUUCUAAUUUUGUUACAUUUGUUCCCCGAUCAGCACUUGGGGAUCCACACAUUACAACAUUAGAUGGUAUUACUUACACUAUGAAUGGAUGGGGAGAAUAUAUUCUUUUAUGGAUCUUCAGCCAAGACUUUAGGCUUCAGUGUCGAACUGAGAGAGCUGAAGGACAGAAUGGCACACUAACAAAUGCCACAAUAUUUACAGCUUUUGCUGUUCAAGAAUCCAACAUCUCUAGUUUUCAAGUGGAGUUAUCAGCCACAAAAAAAUCAUUGAUAAUAAUGGCAGGAGGCAUUGAUGUUACCACAGAGUUCUAUAAAGAAUCCCAGCCUGGUAUUAUAGUCUCUACAGAUACACUCAGUGUGAGCAGAGAAUACAGCAAUAAUAAAACUAUGGUAGUGGCUGGAUUUCCAUCUGGUGUAUCUAUUAAAGUGUAUAUAGCUGCUAAAAGUCUUUUGAUAGAAUACAAUGUGCCAAAAGAGUAUGAGAACUUCACUGUUGGAUUACUUGGAAAUUUUAAUGGAAACACUGAUGAUGAAUUUACUCUACCAGAUGGAACAGUUCUGCCCACAAACAGCAGUGAAAGAGAAAUAUACCAUCAUUUUGCUAAAGCCUGGACAGUGAACUCUACAACCAGUGUAUUUAGUUAUCUCCCUGGAGAGAGUACAGAAACCUACCAACACCCAGAGUUUGAACCAUUCUACAGAGAUGAAGCUGAUCCUACUGCUGUGGCCAAGGCUAAAGAACUCUGUGGAGAAACAAAUGAUGCUUGUAUAUUUGAUUACCUUGUAACUGGGAACAAGGAGUUUGCCACAACAACGAAACAAGCCAAAGAAGAAAUGGAAGUCAUUAUUAUAAGCUUAGCCAACACACCACCAACACUGAAAGUAAACAAUGAAAGUCUGAAUAUUAAUGGGUACUGGUAUGUUAGGAAUGGAACAGUUUCAGUGUUACAAGUUUUAGUUGAUGAUGUUGAUGGAGACACAGUCAGCAUUGAGAUUCUGGUCAAUGCAAUUGGACUCAGUGUUAAUAGCACUGGGUUUAUUUCUUAUUUACCUAACACCAAUCAACCAAUCUCUUUGAGAUUGCGAGCAGUAGAUUCUAAGGGCAGCUACUCUACAGACUUGUAUAUUCCACUCCUAGUUUGCCCACUAUGCAAUAGCCAUGGUACUUGCUACACCAAGUCUGUUGGUAAAGAAUAUGAAAAUGGAAAAUUUAAAGUUCUAUCUUGUAGCUGUCAUCCAGCAUACACAGGCAAAGACUGUGAGUCAGAAGUGGAUGCUUGUGCCAGUCAGCCCUGUUUUAAAGGACAGACAUGUACUGAUCUAACAGCAGUUGAACAAGGAAAUAGUACCAUUGGCUACAAGUGUGGUUUUUGUCCUUCUGGGUUUCAGUCUUCAAUGGGCACUUGUAUAGAUGUGAAUGAAUGUUUGAAUAGUACAGCCUGUGAUCAUUCAUGCGUGAAUACAGAAGGUUCCUUUACUUGUAGUUGCAGAAAUGGAUUUAGACUUGAUGCCACUGAUAAGAAAACGUGUAAAGAUAUCAAUGAGUGUGAGGAAAGGUCCUCAAGUUGUCUACAUAAGUGCACCAAUACACCUGGAAGCUAUAACUGUUCUUGUUAUACAGGUUACAUACUGGAUCCUGAUGGUUACACAUGUAAUUUAGAUUCUAUCAAAGAAAAAUGUUAUGACUGUCAACAAAUUUGUAUCACUGGUGAGAAUGUGACCUGUGCAUGUAGGCUGGGAUAUGAACCAAAUCCCAAGUCUACUAAUGAUUGUCUAGAUAUAGAUGAGUGUAAAUAUGGCAACCAGCCUUGUAGCCAGCAGUGCAAAAAUUUAGAUGGUUCCUAUGAAUGCUCAUGUUAUACUGGGUACAAACUGUCAUCAGACAAAGUUUCAUGUUCUGCUUGUCAGACUCCUUACUAUGGCAACAACUGUGCCAGUACCUGCCAGUGUAAUGGACGUGGAACAUGUAAUGCCAUCAGAGGCUGUGUGUGUAAUGAGCACUGGUCAGGGGAGAACUGUGAGAUUGAUGUGGAUGAAUGUCUCCAGCCCACAGCUUGUGCUGAAGGUCUAGUCUGUAGGAACACAGUAGGAGCAUUCCAAUGUGUUUGUCCAACAGGAUACAAGAUGGACAACACACAGUGUAUAGACAUCAACGAGUGUACAGACCCAACAGUCAACACAACAUGUGAUCUAAAUGUUCAAGUCUGUGUGAACAACAUUGGCAGCUACAGCUGUGAUUGUAAGAAGGGAUAUGCCAGGAAUAAUGAAGGCCUCUGUAUAGACAUAGAUGAGUGUAGCAGUCAAAUAGAUAAGUGUGAACAGUCUUGUGAGAACAAAGCAGGAAGUUUUAAUUGUCUGUGUUAUCAAGGUUAUAUGUUAGAUGAUGACAGGAAGUCUUGUAUUAAAGUCAAAGAUCUAUGUGUCUCCUCAAACCUGACCUGUAGCUAUGGAUGCAGAAUAAAGUCCAACGAUGAAUAUGAAUGUUUUUGUCCAAGGGGAUUCACUCUGACUGGUCAAGAUAAAUGUACAGAUAUUGAUGAGUGUGUUUUAAAUAAAACAAACUUGUGUUCCAACAAAAAGGGUUGUAUCAAUACAAAUGGAAGUUUUGUUUGUUCUUGUGAAGUUGGCUUUAAGUUGGACAACGAUAACAGAUCUUGUGUUGCUUGCAAUAAAGGUACAUGGGGUCUACAGUGUGCUAACAGUUGUGCUUGUGGACUUGAAGCAGAUUAUUGUGACAGUAAAACUGGAUGUGUUUGUAAAGCUGGAUACACAGGUAAACACUGUGAAAGUGACAUAGAUAAAUGUAAAAAUGGUAAUCUUAAAUGUAAUAGUACUGAGAAGUGUCUGACCCUACAUGGCACUCCUACCUGUAAAUGUCAGGAUGGAUAUGAAGGAAUUAAUGGCUCAUGUCAAGAUAUCAAUGAAUGCAGCAGUGUCCUUACCAAUAACUGUAGUCAGCUGUGUAGAAACACUGAAGGAGGCUAUGAAUGUUUCUGUUAUGCUGGAUAUAGCUAUGACAGCAAAACAUUCACUUGUAAAGAAUGUGGACAAAACUACUAUGGACCAUCUUGUGCUUUGGUGUGUCAGUGUGAGGCAGGAUGGAAGUGUGACAAUGUAAAUGGAUCAUGUUACAGUUUAUAUACUGAAGAGAUCUCCUCCUAUAACUACACUCUAACUUUUGACUGGGACGUGUCCAAUGUAAAUUUAGACAGAGAUAGUGAGGGACGCAAGCAGGUGAAAGAUGAAUGUGAGACUCAGAUGACCAAAACCUUAAGAGAGAAAAAAGUGGAUGUGGUCCUAUUUUCCAUUACAAAUCUCAGAAAGGGCAGCCUCAUCAUAGACUUUAUAUUAUUCAUCAACAAAAGUUCCUCCAGUAAUUCUCCGAGCAGUUUGACUAUUGCACUCAACGCAAUCAAGUCAGAAGGAAUCUUUCUCAAUGGCAGCAAAAUAUUUAUAACAAGCUUCACAUUGAUUGAGACUUCCCAUAUUUGUGAAGCAAGACAGCAGACUAACCCAUGCAAGUCUUCAGAAAUAUGUCAAGUUCAAGGAAACAUAGCAGUGUGCAUACCUGUAGAAACAAACAAAGAUUUGAUUUUGGGACUGGCUAUAGGACUGCCAUUGUCGGUUGCUUUUUGUGCUAUUGUUAUUGCCAUAGCUGUCUGCAAAUAUAUUAAAAGGAAAAAGGCAAGAAUGUUGUCUUCAACAGAAUCUCUUCAUUCAAGUACACUACAAAAGGACAGUUUGUCUGGAAUUCACAAAGAAAGUACCCAAAGACUUAAUGCUCCAAAAAGUACUGAGUACUUUGAAGGCUAAUGAAAGGAAAGUUUACUUUUUCUCUUUGUGACACCCUUAUUUGCAAUGUCUUUUGUUUAGUAUUCUUUUUCAUAUUUCUUUGAACUAUCAUUUUAAGGUAAUUUUUCUUAAUAUUUUUGUGUAAUAGUUAAUUCUUGUCAAAUAGAUGUUAAUAGAAUCAUUGAAAAUAAAAGCUUUAGAUAGGGGGAUAUACAUGGAAAGAAGAGUAAUAACUCAUUGUCAAAUGUAAAAAAAAAAUCUCGUUAUAAUAGUAUCAAAUACUUUUUUUUGUAGAAGCUUAUAAGUCUCUCAUAUGAUUAUAUGUUUUAAAAACAUAAAAUUUAUUUUAAUUAAAUAAUUUUGAAAAGGAAGCUCAGAUUUAUCUGGUUAUUUAAAACUGAAAAAUUAGCUAUUGUUAGUGUUUAGCAAUAUAAAAUCAGAAUUUAUUAAUUAUAUUACUACAUAAGUCCAUAUUUGAAUUUAGUGACUUUUUUUUUUUUUAAAAGGCAAUUAACAUGUUACAAAAACAAGCUAUUGUAAGUUUAUGAGUCACAGAUGUUUUUAGCUUUAUAAUAGUCUAAGCUUUGUUAAGCUAAACAAAAUUAAUGUAUUUAUAAACAUGUACACAUUUAUUAUUUGCAGGAACAAGUAAUAAAAUAUAUACAUUUCUAAAUGAAACUUUGA